CGUCUCUUGCCCAAUCCUUCCCAGCCAGAUAAUUGAGCAGGGAAUUGAUUUAUCCUCUUCAUCCCCAUUUUUGACAACUACACAUGGCGUCUUGCUAGUUAAGUACCACCCAAAGCCAAGCGAUGACUGAUUUCGCCAUUGGGGUUGUUUCGCAAGGGAUCCAGGUUUGUUCCGUCAUCGCGACCUAUAUCGGCACUCUCAAAGAUCGCGACGAGGACCUCGCCUCUAUUGACCGACAAGCCCAAGGCUUAGAGUCUGUCUUCCGUGCUCUCAAAGAGUCUCUAACGCAAGGAUCUUUGGAUCCCUCCACUUCGCCAGCUGCUGCUCAAGUUUUAAGCUCCAUGCAAACAUGCGAAGCUGAGCUUAAUAGCCUGAAGCAGUUCGCAGCACAUUUCUCAGACCACCGGUCCCAUCAAUCCACACCUAAUUACAGUGCGGCGCCCUGGCACAUCCCGUACUUUACAACUCCACACAAGACCGUGACUACGAAGUUGAACAUCGCGGAAUCGAAUAUCGCGAUGCCUCCCCUUCCCAAUGACGAUGCCGCCCUCGGCGGCCGUAUUCUCGAUCCUCCCCUAUCAUCUGAGAUCUCGGUUGGCGCCGGUCUCAAUGAGAUCAAUGCCUUCUUUUCAUCAGACGCGCCGCCGGCGUCAGAGGCAGCGGCGCCGGCAGAGGCCGCGGCUGCUGAAGUAGACGACUUCAACGACUUUAACUUCAAUGACGACGACUUUGACGACAUAGACUGGCCGCAACACCAUCAAUUUGACGAUGAGGGCCCGUUCUAUCGCGUUGGAGGCGAGUAUGAGGAGACGCCGCCGCCUCCAUACACAGAGAGGCCAUCGCAGCCGCCUAUCUACGCAACGGGGUCCCUGUAGCAAGUCGAAGAGACUGCAGAGACUGCAGAGACCGCAUCAGAGGCCUCAGAGAUCGAAGAAGCCGCAGAAAUCGCGUCAGAGGCUGCAGAGAUCGAAGAAAUCGCAGAGGCAGCAGAGGCAGCAGAGACCGCGGCAGCCCCAGAGUAUCACUUCGAAGUCCCGCCGCCGUCAGCGCUCUAUGACUCGUAUGAGGAUCUCCUAGCCUUCUUGCAGGCCUUCCACCGCGAGGAAGGCGCCGCUCUUCGGACUGAGCGAAGUUCCAACCCUCAGAUCAUCAACGGCGAGAG